AUGAGCCCCAAGAAGGCUCCCGGACUUGAUAACUUCAGAUCCGACAUAUGUCAGCAAUUUGCAACAGAUUACCCUAGACUCCUGACAGAUAUACUGAACCGUUGUCUUACACUCCAACACUUCCCUGACCAGUGGAAAACAGCAUACGUAAAAAUUAUCCCGAAACCGGGCAAGUCCGACUACAGCGCAUUAGAGUCCUUUCGUCCAAUAGGGCUUCUACCUGUAUUUGGCAAACUGUUGGAAAAGCUUUUUAUCAAAAGGGUCGUAUACCACGCGCAGCGAAACAAUCGACUAAACAAAUUUCAGUUCGGUUUCCGGGAACAGACAAACACGUGCGAAGCCAUUCACACAGCUCUUAAAAUAAUUAAAUUAGCCAAAUCAGAAAAACACCUCAGCAUCGCGAUAUCUCUAGAUAUUAAAGCAGCCUUCGACAACGCUUGGUGGCCUGCACUCUUCCACCGGUUGCGGCAUAUUCAAUGCCCUAAUAACAUCUUUGGACUUAUCCAGGAUUAUGUCCGCGAUCGGAAGGUCAUCCUUGACCAUGCGGGGAGGCGAGUCACCAAGACGAUGUCUAAGGGCUGCAUACAAGGUUCCACGUGUGGGCCUGUUCUCUGGAAUAUCAUACUAGACGAGCUGCUCGAUGCGAGGCUUCCAGCGGGCUGUCACAUACAGGCUUUUGCGGAUGAUGUCUUGCUGGUUGUCACGGCCGCGAGUGUCGGUGAGCUGGAGAGUGCUGCCAACUUAGCUCUCCACCAUAUAGUCGAGUGGGGAAGGAGCGUCAAGCUGACCUUCGGUCAUACUAAAACUAAGCUCAUUGCCUUCACUCCCAAGGCUAAGGUAGCCAGCAUUAACAUGGACGGACACCGUCUUUCCUUUGUGCCAGAGGUUAAACUGUUGGGAGUCAUCUUAGACGAAAAACUAAACUUUGGGAAACACGUGAAACAGGUUAUCAACAAGGCCGUGCGAAUCUUCAACACACUUUGUAUGUACUCGAGACCCACAUGGGGAGCCCAUCCUGAGAACAUCAGUACCAUUUACCACCAAGUGAUCGUGCCAACUAUCACCUACGCUGCUGGAAUUUGGGGACACGUUGCCCAGGAAAGGUGCAUCAGGAGGGCACUCGGGAGCAUGCAGCGCGGAUUUGCCAUUAAGGCUAUUAGGGGAUUCCGCACGGUAUCUUCAUCCGCGGCCCUGGCGUUAGCCCAGUUUAUGCCUCUGGACCUGAAAGUGCGGGAAGUUUGCGCUGUGGAAAGAGCUCGGCUUCUGGGUACCUCUGACCCCCAGCGACAUCCCUCUAGAAAAACCAACUCCCGUCUCUGA